CAGGGUUACCGAUACCGAAGGUUUAAGAUGAGCUGUCCCUGCAAUGGUUGUUUUGUGCUCAAACCCCUCGUGAGCAGCCCUGAGUCUACUCAGUGGGGGAUCGGCCACCCAGGCAUCCACCCUUGACAUGGAGAUAGUUUUUGGCUGACCAGCGGUAGCACAUAUACAGCACAUAUAGCACAUAUACAGCGGUAGCACAUAAACACUGUGCCACUGUGAUGGCCAGUCCGCUGGGCUCGGUGGCCGGGAUGGCGGCCCAGAAGCGGCCCGCGAGCGGCGGCCUCCUGCCCCCGGUGGCCACCCCCGGCGGCGCCCACAGCCUCUCCACAGUCAGCCGUGAUGGCUCGGGCUCCGCGGCGGGCGGAGUGUCCCAGGAGAAGAGGGUGCGGCUGGACCCGCAGCGGCUGAGCUAUGAGAAUCAGCUGAGGAAGCAGGCGGCCGCGCUGAUCGACUCGCAGACGCAGGUCACCCGGCUGCAGGCGAAAUUACAGUCUCUGGACGCCCAGCAGCGCGAGGCCCGGGUACAGCAGGACACCGAGAGGCACGAGCUGACCAGGAGGACGGAGCGAGCCGAGAAACAGGCGUCGGAGGCGGUGGCCGAGCUGAAGCGUCAGCGCCAGGAGCGGACUAGACUGGAGUCUGAGCUGACUGAGACCCGUGCCAGACUGCAGUCGUACCGCACAGACUGCGACCGAGAUGUGCUAACGGCACGGCAGAGGGCGGAGGAGGAGAUGAGGAAACUCACAGAGGAUCUCUCAGAGACCCGCCGCCAGCUGUCUGAGGCGCUCUCCCAGCUCGCGGAGGCUGACACGGCGCGGCAGGGGGCGCUGCUUCUGCUCGAACAGGAGAGGGCCCAGGCGGCCGCGGCAGAUCAGAGGGCCGCCUCGGACGGAGGGCUGGAGAGGGAGCAGCUGAGGGCCGCCCUCCGGGACGAACAGAUGAGGGUCAAGGAACUGGAGAACCAGUUGGCCUCGUCGGAGGAGAGCCUGCAGCUGGGCUCACUGAUGCGGGAGCGAUUAGCACGCUAUCCUGAGCUCGAGAAACAGCACGCGGCUAUGGAGGCAGAGCUCCGUUCGCUCAGAAACGUGGUGGAUAAGACGCUGGUGUUGGAGGAGCGGGCGGCCGUGCUGCAGAAAAAGGCCGAUAGGUUUGAUCAGCUGCAGACAGAGCUGGAGACGGCCAGGACAGAGUGUUCGGAGUGGCGCCUGCAGCUCGCCACGUGGCGUGAGGCGGCCGGGGACGGUGUGGCCUGUCCUGAUGACCUCAGUCGUCUGCUGGCUGACCUGAGGAAGCAGCAGCUUCUGCUGAAGGAGAGCGGCGGCACGGCGCGCGCAGAACUCUCUGCGGCCGAGUCGCGCUGUCAGACGCUACAGACCGAGCUCGACAAACUGAAGGAGGCGCAGGCGGAGCACGACCAGACCAAACUGGAGGGGCAGGUGCAGCUGCGGAAACUGCAGCGCAAACUCACACUGGUCACCAUGGAGCGUGACAGCUGCAAACGGGUGCUGGACGCCUACGAGUCCGAGACGACCGAGUCGCUGACGUCCAUAGAGCGUCAGCGUGGGGAGGACCAGGAGAGGCUGAUCUCGACGUACCGACAGCAGGUGGAAUCGCUGGAGAGGCAGCUGCAGGAGGCGGCCUCCAGCGGAAAGCUGGUGUUUGGCUCGGCCGACUCGGAGGCCCGUGCCGAGCUGUCCACUCUGCGCACCGAGCACGAGCAGCUGCGCAAACAGCUGCAACAGGUGCAGCUGGAAAAGGAGGGCCUCGAGGCGCAGCUGGAGGAGCGCGCGCUGAGAGGGGACUACAAUCCGGCCACUAGUCGCGUGCUGACUCUGAGGGACAACCCGGCGGCGGCGGCCGGCUCCAGGCGCGCCGGUCAGCUGGAGCGGUUGCAGCAGGAGAACGCCGAGCUGCGCGGACGACUGGAGGUGCUGGGGGACAGAGCGGGCUCCGGACUGAGCCAGGACGCCGCCAAACAAAUCAGCGGUCUGCGCAGCCAGUUGCGUGCCGCCGAGUUGCGCACUCGCCGUCUAAAGGAGGUAUUCGGUCGUAGCACCCAGGAGUACCGUCAGUCUGUCUGUCAGUUGACUGGAUACAAAAUUAAUGCCGACGAUACACAGCUAAGAUUGAGGAGCGUCUACGCGCCGCAACAGGAUCAGACCCUGCUCUUUCAGCGCGGUGCCGGGGACACGAUUCAGCUCUUGGAGAACGGUUUCUCGGCUCGGCUCUCCGACCUGGUCGAGCAGUACCUGUACCGUCAGGACUCUAUGCCUGGGUUCCUGGCGGCGCUGACCCUGCGGCUACUGCGAGACGGACCGCCCGCCGCCCCCGCCCCCGCCCGAGCCGCCGCCCGCGCACCGGUCCGCCCGCCGCCGCCGGAUGACGAUGAUGACUGUGAAAUUGUCGAGCUGGACUGAAGUUUGGUGAUGUGUUUCGAGCAGGGACUAGAGACUGGCUGUGGGGUGCGAAUUAUGAGGGACGCAUUGACUCGGCUGGAAUUAUGAACAAAACCGGCCUCGAGUGGCAGGAAUCAGUCAUGCCCCGUGCUGUCGAAAUGGGAUUUCGAUCGGUGAUUUGUGUAUGUACUGCAAUGGUCAGUGGUGACACAAAAACAUCUUAUCGAGCCUGGUAGCAGGGUGCGAUGCGAAGGCUGAUUUGUCUGGCCCAACUGCAGCUCAAGUCGCGUAGGAUUACAUCAAGGAUCUUCCUCGCCGAUUCACAGCGAAGCCUGGCACUGUGCAGUCUUCUGCAUGUCUUUUUUUUUUAACCAGGUAGUUUUGGAUUUUCGGGCGACUUCCCAAGCUAAGAUGGUAUCGUACUACGUUGGCCGAUGUCCGAAAUCGGUUUGACGAUGACAUGGAAGGUUUUGUUCUGACGUGCGGCAGUUGUGACUACCUGACCCCAAACUGUCUGGCCCUGAUCGAGUGUGCGAACGAAUAAACCUUUAUUUUGGAG